AUGCGCCCUCUCCAUGCGCGGCCCUUGUCCAGGGUCGCGGCCUUCCCGACGCGCUCUCCUCUCGUGUCUUUCGCACAACAUAGAGCUUCAACCCGGACGCUCGCUACAGAGGCAACUACUCCUGCACCGCCCAAACUCAUCCGACGCUGGCGCACCAUCGGUCGUUACACCCUCUAUGUCCUCGGCUCCUCCGUCCUCGGCGUUGGUCUUCUCACUGGCGCCAUAUUCAUGCACGAUGCAUUCACCUACCAUGAACGCCACAUCGACGGUGUUCCCAUAUCGCCGCGCGCCCUGCACCCUGAGCGUGGUGGUCCCAAGAAUCUGCCCGUUCUAUCGCGGCUUCUAAGCGACUAUGAGGAUGACGAGAACCGCGACCUGGUACACAAACCGCAUCUUGUCAUCGUCGGAGGUGGUUGGGGUGCUGUUGGUAUCCUGGACAAGCUCUCCCCCGGCGACUACCAUGUAACUAUCGUGUCUCCCGAAACAUACACCACGUUCACUCCUCUUCUACCUUCGGCUGCGGUUGGAACUGUGUCCGUACGCUCCCUCGUUGAACCCCUCCGCAAGAUUGCGGCACGCCUCCGCGGUCAUCUCGUCAAUGCACGCGCGAUUGACUUGGUAAUGUCAGAACGCCUGCUCGAGGUCGAAACCAUCCGCCCAGACGGCAAGGGCGAGCGCAUGUACAUCCCAUACGACAAACUCAUCAUCGCAGUCGGCUCCACCUCGAGCACACACGGCGUACCUGGAUUGGAGCACUGUUUCCAGUUGAAGACCAUCGGCGACGCGCAAGGCAUCAGGAAGCGGAUUAUUGACAACUUUGAGGCGGCUUCACUACCGACUACCACGCCUGAGGAGCGUCGCAAGCUUCUCAGCUUCGUCGUGUGCGGUGGCGGCCCCACUGGAGUUGAAACGGCUGCGGAAAUAUACGACUUGUGCCAAGAGGACCUCAUCAACUACUUCCCGAAGAUCUGCCGACAGGAAGUAUCGAUACACCUCAUUCAGAGCCGGGAACAUAUUCUCAACACUUACUCGGAAGCCAUCUCGCGCUAUGCGGAGGACAAGUUCAUGCACGACAGCAUCGACCUCAUCACAUCCGCCCGUGUGCAAGCGGUCGACAUCGACAAGGUGACGUACUCGCGGCGCGGGCCAGACGGCAAGACGGAGACGCAUGAGAUCCCGACAAACUUCGUACUGUGGAGCACGGGUAUUGCCAUGAACCCGUUCACCCGGCGUGUAGCGGACCUGCUCCCGAACCAGAUGCACAAGAAGGCUAUCGAGGUCGACGCGCACCUGAGGGUCAAGGGCGCGCCUCUUGGCGAGGUGUAUGCUAUUGGCGAUGCGAGCACGAUCGAAACGUCUGUAGUGCCAUACCUGCUUGAGCUUGUUGACGAGGCGGACAAGAACAAGGACGGCAAGAUUGACUACGACGAAUGGACGAUCAUGGUGUCGCGCAUCAAGAAACGCAUCCCCAUGGCUGAAGAGCAGCUGCAGAAAGUUCGGGAGCUAUUCGACCUCUACGACUCGGACUCGGACAACAGCCUCACUCUGAACGAGCUCGCGGUGCUCCUGCAAGAAAUCGGCAACAAGAUCACCGCCCUGCCCGCCACCGCGCAAGUCGCCUCACAGCAGGGCAAAUACCUCGGCGCGAAGCUCUCCAAGGUCGCGCAGCAUCGCAAGGUGCUCGAGGCGAACGGGCUGCGGCCCGAGGAGGGCGACGAGGCGGUCGCGGGCCCGUUCCGGUACCUGCACCUCGGCUCGCUCGCGUACAUCGGGAACGCGGCCGUGUUCGACCUCGGCAAAUUCAGCUUCAUGGGCGGGCUCGCGGCGAUGUACGCGUGGCGCAGCGUGUACUGGAGCGAGCAGGUCAGCAUGCGCACGCGCGCGCUGCUCAUGAUCGACUGGAUCGUUCGCGGAAUUUGGGGGCGCGAUUUGUCGCGGCUGUAG